UAAAAGUGACUUCAAUUUUUUCACUUCAAUCUACUUCAAUAUUGACUGGGUAUCAUUGAUCGGUGUCUUCGUCGCACAUAUUUACCGCAAGAGGGCAACAUCUAUACCACUCACUCACUCCGUGUGCCUUGUGCGUGCGGCCUAUAAUACAACGGCGGCACAGCAUUUCAGCCAACCACGGACGAGCGGGAAAUUUGACGCAGAGCGGCAACCAAUCACAGCAAGGUGACGCAGUGAAGCUCUACCGGCGCGACGAGGAACGAAUCUCCGAACAAUUUUUUGAAUUUUUUACUCAUUCAGCCAUUUUAAUUUUUUUCGUUAAAUCAUAAUUUCAUUUUUUACAUUUUAUAUUUAUACAAGUUUUAUUCGUUUGUUAUAUACUAUUGUAAUUGUUAUUAACGGCAAUGGCAGACGACGAGCGUUUUCAUCAUUUAAUUGCAGCAAGAGGAUACGUAAAGGGCACGUUGACACGGAUUUUUAAUUUUGUGGCUAGUGAACAAUUCAACAAGGCGACUAUGGACACCUUAAACAUUCGCAAGUCGCGGCUCGAGACUUCGUUCAAGGAGUACGAGCAGUUUAAUGUGGAAAUAAUACAGCUUAGUGAUGACGACAAGGAGGAUGUAGAGUCCAUGGAGGACAAGUAUUACUCGGCCCUUAGUUCCCUGAGCAGCCAACUGUCUUUGCUCUCUGGUACGGCUAUGCGUACCGAGAAGCCUAACACGCCGUCAACGUCGUCUGUCACGGCUGCCAAGCUCAAUCUGCCUCAAAUACAAAUUAAACCUUUCACUGAUACCUACACGGCACGAGCAUAUCAGAUGGAACGAGACCUGAAGGCUGACCCGUCCCUCAAGGAGUUCCUUGAGUACCUAGAACGACGAGCCAUGGCUCUGGAAACUGCAGACCAGGGUAUGGUAAGGAAGAAACUGGCUGUCAACAUCGCAACCGACUCAGGAGCCUCCGGAUGUCUGAAAUGUGAUACUGCCAUCCACGGAGCCAGAGCGCCUCUCAUCGCAGAAUGAGCUGCCCACACCGCGCUUCAUAAACACCGAGUUCGGCUAUGUAGUGGGAGGUAGUAUUGCAGACCAGCAUGCGGCUGAUAAGGUUGUAUCUUUGUUUUGUCAAAGCUGUGAUAACGGUCUUAAUAAUGCUGUAAGUUCAUUUUGGGAAGCUGAAAGUGUACCACAUGUAUAUAAUGAAAAAACUACAGAGCAAGAGCUCUGCGAAAAUAUAUUUCAAAACUCUGUGAAGUUGCAGGACAAUCAAUUUUCAUUAGAUUUGCCUUUGAAAUUGCCUUUAGAUGAGGUAAGCAAUACAUUAGGUGAUUCAUUCCAUAGUGCACUUCAGCGAUUUUUGAGUUUAGAAAAACGAUUACAUAAAGAUGAGAAGUCUUUCUCUGAAUAUCAGAGCUUUAUUAAAGAUUUUAUAAAAUUGAACCAUGCGCAUUAUGUUGACAUUGAGCAAUACGAUUUUGCUAGGGAUCCCCUAUACUUUUUUGCUCAUUUUGCUGUCAUGAAUGAACACAGUAGAUCAACUCGCUUAAGAACUGUUUUUGAUGGAUCAUUGAAGGGUAGCAAGGGAGUGUCUUUGAAUGACUUGCUAUUGAAUGGACCUGUUGUUCAACGAGACCUCUUUGAUAUCAUUUUAUUGUACCGUUUCGGCGCGUACACGAUUACGGCUGACAUUCGCCAUAUGUUUAGAAACAUACGAAUCAAUCCUCAGUACACUUCCUUACAAAAUGUGUUGUGGCGGGACAAUCCAAAUGAGGACAUUAAAUGUAUUCAAUUGGAUACCGUUACGUACGGGCUAAAAAGUUCUAGUUACCUGGCCACACGCUGUUUAAAAGAGUUAUCAACGCGAUUUAAUAAUGAGCUCCCAUUAGCUUCAUUUAUUCUUGAUAAUUGUUGUUACGUUGAUGACAUUUUAUAUUCUAAUGACGACUUAUCUACGUUAGUUACAGCAAAGAAUGAGUUGCGGGAAAUGCUUGCUAGAGGUGGAUUUCAGACACAUAAAUGGACAUCCAACAACCCUGACGUCUUGUCUGACAUACUGCCGGAACAGCGGCACUUAAAUGAGCUGCCUAGCCCAGAGAAUCAGAGUUUUAAAGCACUAGGUUUGAAUGUCGAUUUAAGUGACGAUUCUUUCAUAAUUUCAUCCCCUGAACCAUACGAUUUUAAACGAGUAACUAAGCGUAAUAUUUUAAGUUACGUUUGCAAAUUUUUCGAUCCCAUGGGUUACGCAAGCCCCAUUAUAGUUAGGGCAAAGGUCAUACUACAGAAGAUAUGGUCUGCAAACGUAGGUUGGGACUCUCCUCUCCCUGAAAACAUAAAAAAUUAAUGGUUACAAUUUAUAGAAAGCUUGAAUAAGUUAGAGCCAAUUUAUUUAAGUAGGAAUAUUCCUGUGAAACAAGCAGUCAAGGUGGAGCUCAUUGGGUUUGCCGAUGCCUCCAGCAAGGUGGCUUAUGGUUGCUGUACAUACCUGCGGGUUACAUCGUCGACAGGUGAGGUGCUGCUAAGUUUACUUUGCUCUAAAUCCAGGAUUAAUCCCCUUAGUAAAAGCCUAACUGUUCCCAGGCUUGAGUUGAAUGCAUGUCUGUUACUUGCAAAGUUAGUUAAAAAAGUGUAUGAAACUAUUCAGUUAAAAAUUUCCAUCCAUAACGUAUACUUGUUCUCUGAUAGCAAGAUAGUACUUGCUUGGAUGAAGACAGAGGUGGCAAAGCUGGGAGCAUAUGUGGCAAAUAGAAUAAAAGUUGUUUGCGACUUAACAUCCAACUUUCACUGGCUUUAUGUUAAUACUAUUGAUAACCCUGCCGAUCUAGUAAGCAGAGGUAUUAACCCCAGUGAUCUUCCACACUCCAAGUUAUGGUGGCACGGCCCAGACUUUCUGCGAAACAGUGAGUAUCCAUUCAAUGAACAUAUGGACUUACCUGUUAAUUUACCUGAGCUGAAGUCUGCUACACCCGGGUCACCUGCAAACCUACCUGAAGCCCGUCCUCCAGCGCCGUGAUCUCCAUGGUCGCGCAAUCGCAAGCAGAGGUAAUCUAUUAUAUUUACAAGUAUUCGUCCAUACAAAAAUAACACGAGUUUACUUAUGUACUGAGAUUCUGUCGCAAUAUUAAAUCUAAAUACGAUAAAAAACGUACCUAAUAACUAUUUGUCUAGUGCCGAGUUUAAGUAAUACAUUGAGACUGAUUUUGAAACAUGAUUACUUUGCUUCACUUAAAGAGGAAUUCCACUCUAUAGGAAAUGGUUAUUGUUUUGAAAGGUAGGUAUCUCAAAGCCUUUGUUUCCGUUUGUAGAUGAACAGGGCCUUUUAAAGAGUAGGGGGCAGGCUUAACCAUGCUAAUGUUACCUAUGUUAAGGAAUACCCCUUGAUAUUAUUUAAAAAUUCACGUUACACAACUCAUUAUUCGGAAUGAGCAUUACAUGCAUUGGUAGGUAAAUUUUAGAAUAAGAUUACAAAGUUAUUUUAUUUUAUAAGAUAUGUGCUUAUGUUUUUUACUUACCUUAAGAUACAUUGUUAUGUUUUACUUACAUACCUAUUAUAGGACAUUUUUAUAUAGAAUAAGUUACAUAAAAUUAUUAUUUUAAUGUUUUCAUUUUGCAAACAGUUUUCUUACAAAUAUUGUUAUGAGAUGUAAUGUUUUUCUCUUUUAAUAAUAACAAUUCUUAAAACUGUUGUACAUCUAUACUCUGGUCGAUAGUUUUUCUUUAACUUAUAUAAAGGCAUUGUAUCAGAUGUAAAAGGUUACUAUUUGUACUUAUGUGUCUAAAGUUUUCACUAGAUUGUUUUUCACUUAACUUAAAAGAAUGUUAUUCAUGUGCUUCAUAGAAUACUUUAAAAAGAAUGUUUUACAUUGAAUUGAUUAGCUUCACUUCAGUAGUAUGUCCUUAAUAGUUUUGAUAUUCUACUCUAUAAGUUGUGCUUUAAAAGGUUAAUUACUUCAAUUUAAAAAUAAGUCAUAUUCUGUGAGGCCGCAGCAUGUUGGCAACAUCAAGGUCUAUAUUAUUUUUACUGUAAUAUUUUGUCCUAUGGCAAUAUUACAGGACUUUACGCCACGGACUUUGCCGACGAGGCACGUUUUCUUAUAUCUCCUAACUUUAUGUAAAUAUUUCCUAGUUUUAAUAUAAUACAGUCCACUUU